GCGCAGGCGCGGUCCUUCCCGGCGUGCUCAGCGCCGGCUCAUGGCGGCGGCGGCGCCGGGACGGUUUUAAAUUGAAGAGAAAAUGUCACUUUACGAUGACUUGGGGGUUGAGACCAGCGAUUCCAAAACAGAAGGCUGGUCCAAGAAUUUCAAACUGCUGCAGUCUCAGUUGCAGGUGAAGAAAGCAGCUCUCACACAAGCAAAGAGUCAGAGAACAAAACAAACCACAGUCCUUGCUCCAGUGAUUGACCUGAAACGAGGCAGCUCCUCUGAUGAGAGACAGAUCGUGGACACACCCCCUCAUGUAGCAGCUGGGCUAAAGGAUCCUGUUCCUAGUGGUUUUUCUGCAGGAGAUGUGUUGAUUCCCCUGGCAGAUGAGUAUGAUCCCAUGUUCCCAAAUGACUACGAAAAAGUGGUGAAACGUCAGAGGGAGGAACGGCAGCGGCAGCGGGAGCUGGAGAGGCAGAAGGAGAUUGAAGAGAGAGAAAAAAGGCGUAAAGACAGACAUGAAGCCAGUGGGUUUUCAAGACGACCAGACCCAGAUUCUGAUGAAGAUGAAGAUUAUGAAAGGGAGAGACGGAAAAGAAGUAUGGGAGGAGCUGCCAUUGCACCACCCACUUCUCUUGUGGAGAAGGACAAAGAACCUGUAGCAUCAUUCCCAUAUGAGGAGGAGUCAAGACCUCGGGCACCUUCUUCCAAAGCAGCAAUUCCUCCCCCAGUGUAUGAUGAGCCAGAGAGACCUCGUUCCCCCACAGGACCCAGCAACUCCUUCCUCGCCAACAUGGGGGGGACAGUUGCUCACAAAAUCAUGCAGAAGUAUGGUUUCAGAGAGGGCCAGGGGCUGGGCAAACAUGAACAGGGGCUCAGCACAGCACUGUCAGUAGAGAAAACAAGCAAGAGGGGUGGCAAGAUCAUUGUUGGUGAAUCUACAGAGAAAGAAACGGGCAAGAAGGCAGAUUCCAACCCCUUAACUGAGAUCCUGAAAUGCCCAACUAAAGUGGUUUUACUGAGGAACAUGGUUGGUGCUGGGGAGGUGGAUGAAGACCUUGAAGUUGAAACUAAGGAGGAAUGUGAGAAGUAUGGCAAGGUUGGGAAAUGUGUCAUCUUUGAGAUCCCUGGUGCCCCUGAUGAUGAAGCUGUAAGAAUAUUUUUAGAGUUUGAACGGGUUGAAUCUGCCAUCAAAGCUGUUGUGGAUCUAAAUGGAAGAUAUUUUGGAGGCAGAGUGGUGAAGGCUUGUUUCUACAACCUGGACAAGUUCAGAGUGCUGGAUCUGGCAGAACAAGUUUGAUUUUAAAAAUCUAGCUCGAGGUGUCAUUGUUUUGGCAAUCACGUUUUCAGCAGUAGGCUGGGAAUAAAGAAGAGAGAAGUAGCUUUCCUAGCAGACUGGAAACAAGCCUCAUUGAAUGGAUUUUACACAUUCGUUGUGACUUAUGGUUUUUUUGUAAUAUAAAGCCCUUUGAAAGUCA